UUGGUGUUGCUUUCAGUGAAUCGCCAAGGUCAAGUAGGAUCGACUAGGCGAGCCCACACGGGCUCGCGUGAAAGGAAAUGUCUGACCGCAUUUAUGUGCCGGUAGUGGAUUCAAAUGAAAUCGUUGCUAUCGACUUGAACCAGCUGCCUGAGAGCUCGGAAGACUUGCUCGACCUACUUGUCUCAGAGGCUGCACCACUUAGCACCUGGUUCGAUUGCGCACGGGCCUACCUUCAGCAUGGAAGGCUCGACGCGUUUGACCACAUUUAUGAGACAGCGACCAGCGAGGAGACCGCUGUGGAGGUGGAGCGCUAUUUUGGGCAGAAGCCGACGUAUGAGCGCAUCCAGUUCUUCACGGCGCGAGCAGCAAUCCUUAUCGCUCAGUUUCGCGACGAGAAGCAGGCGGACGCCAAAGCCCUCCUGCUGAGCGAGGCAAAGAAGCUCAUUACCACGGCCAGCUCGCUGGACCCCAACGAGCAGCUCGUGCUGCUCACCAGCGGGCUCCACCACAUGGCGAGGGGCGACCUGACUCAGGCGGCCCGCGACUGGGAGCGCGCCGCCUCCGCCAAGAACAACGGGCGGCCCAACGUGGUGGGGCACCUAGCACUGGCGGGGCUGCACUACCAGCAGCAGCACUACAAGAAGGCGCUGCAGCACUACCGUACCGCCCUGCGCGAGUUCCCCGGCCCCGGCUGCCCGGCUGAGGUGCGGCUGGGCAUCGCCGCCGCCUCCUUCAAACUUGGAGACCUGGCCACCGCCAAGGCCGCGUACAAGCGUGUGCUGGCUCUGGACCCCGACUGCGCCGACGCCUACCUGGGCCUGGCGCUGCUGGCGGCCAGCGACGCAAACGUGCAGCAGGGCCUGGCCGACUGCCUGCGGCACCUGCUGACCGCCUACCAGCUGCAGCCGGGGCACGUGGGCGUGCUCACACACCUGGCGCACUACUGCCUGCUCAUGGGGCAGCCGGAGCGGGGCGAGGUGCUGGCUCGCGCGGCGCUGGAGGGCGCCGAGGCUCUGCCGGGCUCCGCCUCUGAGGGCGUGCGGGCGGAGGCCAUGACGCUGCUGGCGCGCGCCUACCACGCGCAGGGCCGCAUGGACGAGGCGCGGGCCGAGUACGGCAGGGCCUGCGCGCUGGACAAGCGCAGCCCUCUGCCGCGGCUGGGUAUGGCCCAGAUGUACUGCGGCGCCGGGCAGCUGAUCAACGCCGCCACAGAGCUGGAGGAGGCGCUCAAGGCGGCGCCCGCAUUCUACGACGCGCUCAAGAUCCUGGGCCAGCUGCUGCCGGCUCUGAACCGCGAGUCGGGCUCCGGCAGCGGCGGCCGCGGCGGCCCCGACCCCGGCGGCCGCCUGGCUGCCACUGUGGGCAUGCUGAAGGAGGCCACGGGCAAGCAGCCGGGGGACGCGGAGCUGUGGGAGAUGCUGGGCGAGCUGCUGGCGCCCAGCGACCCAGCGGGCUCCCUGGCCGCCUACAAGAAGGCGCUGGCGGUGCACGAGGGGCUGCAGGCGGACGUGGUCAGGCAGCGGGCGGCGCAGGCUGAGGCGUCUGCGGCGCGCCGUGCCGCGCUGGAGUCCAAGCGCUCGGAGCGGGCGGGGCGGCGGGCGGCGCGUGAGGAGGAGCGGCGUGCGCGCAAGGCGGCCAAGAAGGCUGCGAAGGCGGCGGCGGGCGGCGGCGAGGAGGACGUGGACAACCUGUUUGGGUCGGACGACGAGGACGAGGAGGAGGAGGAGGAGGCGGACCAGGCGCAGGAGGAGGAGGAGGAGCCGGAGCUGGAGGAGCAGCCGGAGGACGAGGACGUGCCCCUGCCCGACCACGUGGUGCCCACCCGCCUGCUCAACAACGCCGCCGUGCUGCACUACAGGGCCGGUGAGGUGGCCACAGCGCUGGCGCUGCUUCAGCGCGCGGUGGAGGGCGCCGCAGCGGACGCCGGCGACGGCUCUGCCAAUGGCGGCGGCGGCGGCGGCGGCGGCAUGUCCAGCCGCAUGCACCGCGCCACGCUGGCCUUCAACCGGGGCCGACUGCUGGAGGCGGGCGGGGAGUACAAGGCCGCGGCGGCGCUGUACAAGGAGGUUCUGUCCGAGCACCCCACCUACAUCGACUGCUACCUGCGGCUGGCCUGCAUCGCCCGGGCCAAGGGCAACCACAAGGAGGCGCUGGAGUUCGCGCAGUCGGCGCUGGACAAGGAGGGCGGACACGCGGACGCCCUGGCGCUCAUGAGCCAACUGUACAUGGAGCGGCGGGACUACGAGGCGGCGGGCAAGACUCUGAUCCAGCUGAUCCAGGACAGCGGUUCCAAACGCGACACGUACGGCCGCAUCGGCUACGCCAACACCUACCUGUACACGGCGCCCAAGGACCGCAAGGAGGACCAGCUGCGCAAGGCCGAGGCGCGCUUCAGCAAGGCGCUGGACGAGUACAGGGCUGUGCUGGACGCCGACCCGCGCAACGUGUGGGCCGCCAACGGCUGCGGCGCCGCACUGGCCGAGCUGGGAUACCUGGACGCGGCGCAGUCCGUGUUCAGCGAGGUGUACGCCUCCAUGGCCCUGUCCGACGGCUUCCUCACCAUCCCCGACGUCCUCAUCAACCUGGCCAACUGCAACCUGGCGCGAUGCGACUACCAGGACGCGGUGCAUCUGUACCGCACCGCGCUGGACAAGCUGGAGCACAAGCACCACCCACAGGUGCUGCUGUACCUGGCUCGUGCGCUGUACGACUCCAACAAGCUGACCGAGGCGCAGUCCUGCCUCAAGCGCGCCAUCCACCUGGCGCCCACAGACUACAAGCUGCGGUUCAACUACGCACUCACGCUGCAGGAGUGGGCUGUGCGCACGUUCCGCAAGGAGCGUGUGGCGGGUGACCCCACCAAGCUGCCCGACUUCCAGCGGGCAGAAGUGCUGCUCAAGGAGGCCCACCGUCACUACGAGCACCUGAAGGUGUUGGGCCGCGAGCGCUCCGGCCUGGACGACGUCAAGCUCAACGCACACGUCAGCUUCUGCGCCGCGCAGCUGCAGAAGACUCAGGACCUGAUUGACGCCGCCGCCAAGGAGGACUACGAGGCGCGGCUGCGGCGGCACGAGCAGAUCAAGAUCCGCGAGGCGGCGGAGGCGGACCGCCAGGCGGAGGAGCUGCGGCGCCAGGCCGAGGUGGACGAGGCCAGGAGGCGCCGCGACGAGCUGGCGCGCGCGGCGCAGGACAAGCUGGAGGUGCGCAAGGCGGAGUGGCGGCAGCAGGCGGAGCUGCUGGCAGGCACGGAGGGCGGCGCGGGAGGUGGCGCUGGCGGCGAGGGAGGCCGCAAGCGCCGUCGCGGCGAGGGCGGCGCGGGCGGUGGCAAGAAGCGCAAGGACAAGGGCGGCCGCAAGAGCGCGGGCCGCGACGAGGUGGGCGAUCUGUUCGGGGACGACGAGGAGGAGGCGGCGCCGGGCACCGAGCAGGGAGACGACGAGCCCGAGUACGACGAGCGCGCCGGCGGCAUGCCGUCUGAGGAGGACGAUGAGGCGGCGGCUGCGGCCAUGGCCGCCGGCGAGGACGGCGAGGGCGACCGCGGCUCGAAGCGGCGGCGGCAGCGGCUGCGGGCGGCGGCGGCGGCGGCUGCGGGCGACGCCGGUGAUGCCGACGCGGCAGUAGCAGGGCUGGAGGAUGUGGAGGAUGAUGGGGCGGGCGCGGGUGUUCCGGCUGCUGCCGACGACCCCAUGCUCCAAGACGAUGACGGAGCCGCCGCAAACGGCGACGAGGACGGCGGCGCAGGCGGCGGCGGCGCGUCCGCACGCCGCAGCCGCCGCGCGGCUCUGCAUGACGACGGCGACGAGGAGGAGGAGGCGCCGCCGCCGGCAGCCGGGGAGGUGGCGGCAGCAAAUGCCGGGGGAGGCGACGCGGCGGCGGCGGACGGUGUCCAGCAGGACCUGCAUAGAGACCUGUUCGGCGAUGAGGACGACGAUUAGGCGGCGGAUGAUGAGAGGCUGUGGCUGGUAGCAGCGGCCCCCACACAGUAAGACUACGAGCGGACAAAUUAGUGGGGCGGGGUUGUCGGCGCGGCAGCGGUUCCCGCCACGGAUCAUCCAGCUUUGCUACCGAGUAUGAACUCGACCUGCCGCUGCCUGCAAACGCUUGAGAGGCGCCUCACAUGGGCACAGCAAGCAAGAUAUUGAAGUUGCUUAGGCCCCAGGUCUUUGCUUGCGCGGUGCGUGGUGGAGGGCGACGAAACGUGUGAAGACGCGGAGCGGAGUGGAGGGGGAAGCGUCUUGGCUUGGCUGUCUGGGGCUGUCUGGGGCGUGUGGGGCGGGGGAGGCUUUGCCAGUGUCAGCGCCGCCGAACAGCCCCCGCCUCCCAGUCGGCCAGACACAGCCCGCUGGAGGGUGGGCUGUACCGCGUGCGACUACCUUGCAACCUUGUUCAUCUGGUAACGCAUCUUUCGUGUGCAGAGGAACACUAAGACGCGGCGAGAAGCCUCGUCUCGCGGCGCAGCACAAGGAGAGUGGCCCGGCAGCUGCGGCUU